AUGGCGUGGCCUAACAAGAACAAAGACAUGCUCUACCGGCGCGUGGGGAACUCGGGCCUACAUGUCUCGGCAAUUGGAUUGGGAGGCUGGUUAACGUUCGGAGGCCAUGUGGAGAACCAGACAACAUUCGACUGCAUGAAGCAGGCUUAUGACUGCGGAGUUAACUUUUUCGACACGGCAGAAAGUUAUGCCGGUGGCCAGUCCGAAGUGGUCAUGGGACAAGCCAUCAAGAAGUUCGGCUGGAAGCGCAGCGAUCUCGUCAUCACCACCAAGUUAAAUUGGGGCCUCGCAAACGGCGAAAUCCUGAUCAAUAACCAUGGUCUGUCGCGGAAACACAUCGUCGAGGGAACCCGAGCGUCUCUGGAGCGCCUCCAACUCGAAUACGUUGAUAUCAUCUACGCGCAUCGCCCAGAUCGUCUGACGCCGAUGGAGGAAACUGUGCGCGCUUUUAACCACGUCAUUGAGAAAGGCUGGGCGUUCUAUUGGGGAACAUCGGAGUGGUCGGCCGAUGAAAUCACCGAAGCUUGCUUGAUAGCCAAGUCUCUCGGUUUGAUCGCGCCCAUUGUUGAGCAGCCCUUGUAUAACAUGUUGGAUCGGGAACGGGUUGAGGGGCAAUUCCAGCGGAUAUAUUCGCGGUGUGGAAUUGGUCUGACCACUUUUUCUCCGUUGAAGAUGGGUCUCCUGAGCGGCAAGUACAAUGAUGCGACGACGCAACCCCCGGCGGGCUCGCGAUUCGCUGAGAGUCAGGACAAGUUCGCCAGCAGUGUCCGGAAGGACUGGGAGAACGAGCAAUGGGCCGGAAUUAUUCGCAAGGUUGUUGGACUGAAGAAAUUGGCAGAUAGGCUGGACGUCAAACUUUCGCAGUUGGCACUGGCCUGGUGUUUGAAGAACGAGAAUGUUGCAUCGGUUAUCACGGGAGCUUCAAGGCCAGAGCAGAUCGUCGAUAACGUGCAGAGCUUGAAGCUUCUGCCGAAGUUGACUCCUGAAAUCAUGGCAGAGAUUGAUGAGUUCCUGCUCAACAAACCUGCAAAAGAUCCUGCCAGACAGGAUUAA